AUGUCGACUCGGCAUCAAAAUUUCAAAUGGCUAGAUGCCAAGGUGUCUCGAAGCUUCAUCAUUUUAUUGCCCUUCUUCCUCUUCUUCAAGGCAACAUCGUCGUCGUCGUCGUCGUCGUCACAUGUGCGCCUUCGACGAGCAAAUGUGAGAAGACAGCGGCGAACUCGCGAUAUUCGAGUGGCUCGAUCGACGAUGCUCGACGUUAAUAAUAUUAGCCAAUUGAGUGCCGGCCAUCUACCGUCGCAUGAGUUCUCAUCAUUCCUCAUCGUUCUUCUCGUCUUCAUAAUUUUUCUGCUAUUCUUCCUCACAUGCUUCAUGUUCAUCACAUUCGUGCGCACGAGGCUCAAAAGACGGGAUACAAAUCUAAUUGCGAGAAGCGAGACAUCGGAGACCAUCAUCGAGUCGACGCUCAUCAACAAUAAUCAUCUUCAAUCCUACAACACGAUCGACUCAAUUUGA